AUGUACCAUCCACAGAACCGACCGGCUAUUGAAUACGAUACAUUAGAUGUCGUUAUCGAUUCCCCUCCACCCUAUGGAUUUAGGCUAGUCCAAAAACUGAUGGAUAACAGUCUUGUAAUAAGCAAAUUACGACCAGGCGGAAAAGCAUGUGAAUCAGGUUUGAAGGAGAACGACAUCCUCAUCGAGGUCAACAACAGAAGUUGUGCCGGGUUCAACUGCACGCAGGCUCUCAAUCUUAUCGAUUCAGCUAGUCAGCCACUUGUUCUUUCGGUUAAAAGGAAAAAAGGUUCGAAUCCAGUGCCAACUAAUCAGCAACCUGUGAUUAAAAGAUCAACAAAUUUUCUACCCAAGAAAAGCGAAAUUGCUGAAAGGCAGAGAGCAAACCAGACAUUAGCGGAAAGUUAUGUUCCACCAAAAGAUGAAGUCAUGACGAUACCUUUAAAGAUUCAAGAAAAUGUUGAACCUAUCAAAUCCACUAUGGAUUUGUCUUUCGUGAGUCAACCACCACCCAUCAAAAAGUCUGCCGAGCCGACGAAGGUUUACGUUGGCAGCGUCCACAGCAAAGUAGUCGACGAUGGAGGAAGGAAGACGGCAGUCAAUUUCGGAGAGAAGUCCUCCACAGCCAUUGAUCAACCGUCCAACCUUCCAGACACAUCAAAAAAAACCUUUUCCGACUCGACAUUUUAUCACGACCCAGUCAACAAAUACCCGACGCUGGAGGAGCAGGUUCAAAUGGCGAGAAAGGUGGCCCUCUCUGUUGUGGCACCGAUCAAUUUCAACUCGAAAGGUCACAAAAUGUUUUUAAAGGCCAAAGAAAGAGCUUCAAAAUACACGACAGGUAGUUCGGACAACGAAGAAAGUGAAGAACAUGUCAUAUCCAGCUUAGAUGAUCUCAACAAAAAGGUCGUCAUGGUCCCGAAGCUGCCGACAGAAUCGACAGAAGAACGUCUGAACGCGAUGAGCAACGAGGAGAUCGAGCUGAUGAGGUUGCAGCAACGCAAGACCACCCACACAAACGUCUCUCCACAAAUAUGUUUCAGUCUGGCAGACGACUUAAAAAGUAUGAAAGGCAAAGGAGGCAAGCUGUUUGCGAAACGACAAGCCAAAGCUGAAUCGUGGACAGUUGGUGGCGGUGAUCAGACGGUCGAAGAUGAACAACAGCAGCAGCAGCAGACAGACGACAGCACAAACGACAUCUUAAAAGACAAACAACAAAAAAACGUAAUGGCCAAAAUCAACAUAAAACACCAAAGCAACAAAAGAUACAGCGACGACGACUGCACAGCAAACAUCGGCUACGGGGUCAUCAACAAAGAAAACGACGGUCAGAUUCCGGUCAACAGGUUAAAUUUCCUCAUAAAGAACGCCAAACAAACCUUCAAAACUCCUUGGGAGGUGGCGAUGGAAUCCGGAAGUACAGACAAAUCACUUGAAAGCGACAACAAUCCGGCGCAAACGAGCACACACUUGACACAAUACUCAACGACGAAUGCUAACCCACCAUUCGACGCGACGAGUAGUGCCCAACCGGGCAGACCUACUUCCAAUAUAUACGAAGGCGUCAGAUAUGACAUAGCCAUGAGUGACGUAUAA